AUGAGCUUUUCUCGGGCAUUUGAGUCCCUUUUUCUAGCACUACUCCUCUUGGGUGGUGGAAUUCUUACUCAAGUUGGGUGCUUUAGUUUUAAUUUUCCAAACUUCACUGAUCAAAAUCCAGUUGAUCUCCUUAUGUUUAGUCCAAAUUCACGCAUUUCUGGGGCAGCUAUCCAAGUUACACCCGAUGUGAAUACAAAAAGCUAUACCAUAAAUCAAUCCGGACGCACCUUUUACAAGAAGCAAUUCAGAUUGUGGAGCAAGAGCAAAGGCGUCGCAGCGUCUUUCAAUACCACCUUUGUAUUUACUAUCACUCCCUUAGACCCAAAUACUCCAGUCGGCGAAGGCUUGGCCUUCAUAUUAGCUGCAGAUGCAGCUCUUCCAGAGAGCAGCUAUGGCCAAUGGCUUGGGAUUUUAAACGCGGCUACAAAUGGAUCCUCUCAAGCUAAUGUGGUGGCCGUAGAGUUUGACACGAGAAAGAGCUAUCCUGAAGAUCUCGAUGGUAACCAUGUUGGGUUGGAUGUAAAUAGCAUCAUUUCAAUCAAACAGGUGUCUUUAGGUGGCUAUGGGGUCAAUCUUACUGCAGGGAAUCAAACAUCUGUAAGGGUUGUGUUUGAUGGCAAAAAUAAUACUGUCUCUGUACUCGUGAUGAGUAAUGGAACAGGGGAGUACAUGCCAGUGAUCAUGUCUCUGCCGCUUAAUCUCUCUGACCGUCUUCCAGAGAAGGUUUUCGUGGGGUUCUCUGCUUCAACAAGCAAUUACCUCCAACAAAACAUCAUAAACUCAUGGGAAUUCGUGGGUGACGAUAUUGGUGAAGAUGCAGAGCUUUUAUGGGUGUGGAUCACUGUUCCAGCGGUGGUAAUUGUGUUAAUUAGCGGGGUUGUUUUUUACAUGUAUUGGGAAAGAAAACACAGAGAGCGGCCAGAAGAUGCAUAUCCAAUGAUAGAAGACCAGAUUCGAGGGUCUUCUAUGGCUCCACUCAACUUCAAAUUGAGAGAGCUGAGAAAAGCGACAGGCAACUUCAACCCCAGAAACAAGCUCGGACAAGGCGGCUUUGGAACGGUCUACAAGGGAUUGUUGGCAAAUAAGGAGGUAGCUGUCAAGAGAGUCUCAAAGGAUUCACGUCAAGGCAAGCAAGAAUUUGUGGCAGAAGUCACAACAAUCGGCAGCCUCCGCCACAAAAAUCUUGUCAAAUUGAUUGGAUGGUGCUAUGAAAAGGGCGAGCUCCUUAUUGUGUACGAGUACAUGCCGAAUAGCAGCCUCGAUAAGUUCAUAUUUGGCGAUGAAAAACUAGGCUUGCAGCAACCACCGCUCAGCUGGGAAAAAAGGCGCACCAUAAUUCAUGGGGUGGCUCUGGCGCUAGAUUAUCUCCAUAAUGGGUGUGAAAAGAGGGUGCUUCAUCGCGACAUAAAAGCCAGCAACAUCAUGUUGGACUCGGACUUCAGCGCAAGGCUGGGAGAUUUCGGAUUGGCUCGUACCAUUCAGCAAAGCGACGUAACCCACCACUCAACAAAAACGAUUGCCGGAACGCCCGGCUAUAUGGCGCCAGAGACUUUUCUUGUUGGCAGGGCAACCGUUGAAACAGAUGUUUAUGCGUUUGGUGUUCUCGUGUUGGAAGUUUUAUGCGGGAGGAAGCCUGGAAAUCAGAGUGAGCAUAACGACUACAACAACGGGAUUGUGUAUUGGUUGUGGGAGCUUCGUAGGGAGGAGAGGAUCGUUGAUGCAGUUGACUCCAAAUUGGCAGGGGAGUUCGAUGAGGACGAAAUGGCUGGAAUGCUUGUUUUGGGGUUGGCCUGCUGCCACCCAAAUCCACACCAAAGACCCUCCAUGAGAACAGUUUUGCAAGUGCUUACAGGGGAGGCGCCUCCGCCGCUGUUGGCCGCAGAGAGACCUGAUUUUGUGUGGCCGGCCAUGCCUCCGUCAUUCAAAGAAGACACGGACAACGCUUUUAUUAAAAGUCAACUCACUCCGUUCACAGCACUCGCCGGGAGAUGAGUAAUUCCGAUCGAAGUAUGUAUGAUAUUGUUUUUAUUAUUUAGUAGAUGGUGAGAAUAUUGUUUAAUACUGUUAGCGUUAAGUUGAAG